AUGGGGGCCUUGAAGAGGAAGAUAGAUACAGAGAAGAAGAUAGAGGGGAAAGAUGCACGUGCUGUUACAUUCUCGAAACGUAGGAAGGGCCUUUUCAGCAAAGCGUCGGAGCUCUGUCUUCUCUCCGACGCUCAGAUUGCAAUCUUAGCCACUCCUGUUUCUGCUAAUUCCCACAACUUUUUCUACACGUUUGGACACUCGUCUGUGGAUAGCGUUGUCGCUGCUUUCCUCGCUGAUGAGACUCCGACUCGGGACGUCGAUGACGAAAAUUUAGGGUUUUGGUGGGAAGACGAGAGUCUCGCCAAUUCGGAGAAUGCGGAGGAACUGGGAGACGCGAUUGUUUCGAUGAAGAGGAUCAACCAAGGGAUGGAAUACUUUGAUCAAAUAUUUGAUUCUGAGGUUGAGACUCAGUCUCAGGCUAUGCCGAUGAUCGAUUACGUGGGUGAAGGAUGCAGCAACCAAGGGCUCGACUUUGAUCAAAUAUUUGAUUCUGAGGUUCAUGAGACUCAAUCUCAAGCUGCUAUGCCGAUGAUCAAUUUGGACGACGACGAGUUCUUCUCUUCUGAUUUCUUCAAUGAUUUUGAUAUUGAUGCUCUAUAUGCAUAA